UGUUGUUUUUAUCUCUAACGUGUUACAUGGUCUAUGCACCAUCAUGACAAUGAUCUCGUAAAAUUAAAAUAACUUCCGAUUUUUGCAAGAUAUGGUAUUUGAAGAUAUCAACAACGUUAGGCUGGGUUCAAAUCUUGCCAACUGCUAUUUCUGUGUUACUCCUUUGAUGGUUACCGACAGGGUUGUGUGUCAGACUAAAUUACUUCUAUGGAUUUGCCUAAUAUUCAUAUGAGCCAAGGUUUCCAAUUUUGUACCAAUUUUUGUACCAAUUUACUAAAUUAAUUCUUAGAGCUAGUCAGCCAACAAAAUCCACAACAACAAACAAGAACACUUCAUCAAAACUAAUUACUAGAAAAAUCCAUCUUCCUCCCUAAAUUAUUGCCUAAAAUGAGAAUAAAGGAAAAGAAAAAUCACACAAAAUAAACAAAAUUUCUUUUUCUCCCUUCUCCCACCUCUAUCCAAUCCACGGCUCCUCUGUUCCUAAUGAUCCCUCCAUUUCCCUAAUUCAAAAGCCAGUAAAACAAAAUAUAGUAAUCCGCCAUUUCCACCCUAAAUCAACAAAACCGAAGGAUCCCCUCCAUUCCGCCAUUUCCUUAUUCUUGCAGAACCAUUUUCCCUCUCUUUCUGGAGGGAAGAUGGCGACCGAAAGAAUAAGAAAAAAACCAAGAAGAACGAUUGCUCCUCCUCCUUCACCAUCACCUCCAAAUUCAAAACCAAGCGCAACCCAUUCCACCUCCUCGAUCGAUUCACAAUACCCUUAUCCUAAAAUGGCUGUAGCCACAUUUGCCCUCGUCCUCUUCCUGACUUCUCUCUCGUCCUUCGCCGCCGGCGUGCCGUUUCAGCCGGACGACAGAUUCCUAAUCGCCUGCGGAUCCAAGAGCCAGCUCCAACUCCCCGACGGCCGUACAUUCAUGAGCGACGAGGAAGCCAAAGGGUUCCUAAAGAGCGAAGAGAACAUUGUCGUCUCCGUUCCUUCCGGCGACGUCCCUUCCUCCGUUUACCUUAACGCCAGGAUUUUCACCACCGAGGCUAUGUACAGCUUCACCCUAAAAUCCCCCGGCUGGCAUUGGAUUCGCCUCUAUUUCUACCCACUGAAGAACAAUAACAGGGAUUUGAAAACGGCUAGGUUUACGGUGACGACGGAUAGGUACGUUCUGCUCCACGAUUUCAAUUUGGGGAACGAAACCGCCGUCUCCAAAGAGUACCUUAUACAGAUAACUGACCAGAUCUUCUCGAUCCACUUCAAGCCGGCGAAAGAUUCGGUGGCUUUCAUCAACGGGAUCGAAAUCGUUUCCGCUCCCGACGAGUUGAUCGCCGACGAAGGAACGGAGCUUUUCCCCGUCACCGGAUUCUCUGGAUUGACGAAGUACGGUUACCACACCGUUUACAGGUUGAAUAUGGGUGGGAGCCUGAUUACUCCGAAGAAUGAUUCUUUGGGGAGGACAUGGGACAAUGAUAGGCGUUAUCUUAAGGCUGAUGUUUUGGCUCAGAAUGUGACAGUCCCAACCUCGGCGAUUAACUAUGGGAAGACGGUGACGCCAUUGAUAGCGCCGCCUUCUGUGUACGCAACUGCUGAUAAGAUGGCUAAUGCGCAGACGACCGAGGCCAAUUUCAAUGUGACGUGGAAUUUGGAUGCUGACCCUUCGUUCAAUUAUCUACUCCGGCUUCAUUUCUGUGAUAUUGUGAGCAGGUCUCUGAAUUCUCUCUACUUCAAUGUGUAUAUCAAUGGCAGGACCGCAAUCUCUGCGUUGGAUUUGUCUGCACUUACUGGCCAAUUGGCAACUCCAUACUUCAGAGAUAUUGUGGUGAGUUCGUCGUUGAUAACUAAAGGGCUUGUGGUUGAGAUUGGUCCUACCCAUGAGGAUACAGGAAGUAAAGAUGCAUUUUUGAAUGGUUUGGAGGUGUUGAAGAUGAGCAAUAGUGUUGAUAGCUUGGAUGGAGAGUUUGGUAUUGAUGGGAGGCAAGCUAUAGCGAAUCGCAACACGGUUGCAGCUGUUGGGUUUGCGAUGAUGUUUGGAGCUUUUGUGGGUCUUGGUGCAAUGGUGAUGAAGUGGCAUAAAAGACCACAGGAUUGGCAGAGAAGGAACAGCUUCUCUUCAUGGUUACUUCCUCUCCACGCUGGUGAUAGUAGUUUCCUGUCAAAGGGCUCAAUGGGUUCCCACAAAUCGAACUUCCACUCGUCGACGUUUGGUCUGGGACGAUUCUUCUCCCUCGCGGAGUUGCAGGAAGCUACGAAGAACUUCGAUUCGAGCGCAAUAAUAGGGGUGGGAGGGUUUGGAAAUGUUUAUAUAGGUGAGAUUGAUGAAGGCACUAAAGUUGCUGUCAAGAGAGGAAACCCACAAUCCGAGCAAGGGAUCAACGAGUUUCAGACCGAGAUUCAGAUGCUGUCGAAGCUUAGGCACAGGCAUUUGGUGUCACUGAUUGGAUACUGUGAUGAGAACGAUGAGAUGAUCUUGGUUUAUGAGUUCAUGUCUCAGGGACCCUUUAGAGACCAUCUCUAUGGCAAGAACUUGCCACCAUUGUCGUGGAAGCAGAGGCUGGAGAUUUGCAUAGGCUCAGCUCGUGGGCUGCAUUACCUGCACACGGGGACAGCACAAGGCAUCAUUCACAGGGAUGUCAAGACGACGAACAUCUUGCUCGAUGACACGUUUGUGGCUAAAGUUGCCGACUUUGGGCUGUCUAAAGAUGGGCAGAUGGGGCAGAACCAUGUGAGCACUGCCGUGAAGGGAAGUUUCGGGUACUUAGAUCCAGAGUACUUCAGGAGGCAGCAGUUGACUGAUAAAUCGGAUGUGUAUUCGUUUGGGGUGGUUCUGCUGGAGGCAUUGUGUGCUAGACCUGCAAUCAACCCAGCACUGCCGAGGGAGCAAGUGAAUUUGGCCGAGUGGGCUAUGCAGUGGAAGAGGAAAGGGUUGUUGGAGAAGAUCAUUGACCCUCACCUUGCCAGAACUAUUUGCCCCGAAUCGAUGACCAAGUUCGCUGAGGCUGCGGAGAAAUGCUUGGCUGAGCAUGGUGUGGAUAGGCCUAGCAUGGGGGAUGUGUUGUGGAACUUGGAGUCCGCGUUGCAGCUUCAAGAGCAGUUCUUACAAAAGAAGAGUGAAGAUGAUAAUGGGGAUAAAGAAUCUCCUACAGAAGCUCCUGUUGCGGCUUCUGCUGGUGCUGCUGUUCCUGUUGCUGCCUCUCCAGCUCCUUUGCCACCUGCUGCUCCUCCGACCAUGGAUUCUUCAUCUUCUUCGAGGGAUACGGGGAGUCAGAAUCGAGCAGGAGGACCGAAUGAAGUUCAUGCCAUUAGUGAACACUCUGGCACUGCCGUGUUUGCACAAUUCUCAGACCUAAGUGGAAGGUAACCCAUAUGCCGUGAAGAUCAUCAUUAUCUGAUACAAUCAUGGGAAUUGGCAUAAGCUCCAAAAGAAGAUGUAGGAUAUGUAGAAGGGUUUGGGAGGGAUCAUCCUUAACAUAUAUAUGGAAUGAAAUAGUACAUUGCUUGAGCAGAAAGUUUGCUCUUUUUGUACAAUGUAGUAGAUUAUGUAUAGCAAGUCCUUGCCACCUUCUUCCUCAUUCCUAUGAAAUCUGUAACUGUGACUUACCCUCAUUCUGAUGAUUGUUGUAAAACUUGGUAUGGAAAUGGAUGUGAUCAUAAUUAUUUAUAAAUUCAUUCACUCUUCUUUUCUAAUUCUCAAGACCCUAGGAUAGGAUGAAUUUAUGGUAAUUUGGAGAUGGAAUUCGGCCAAACGAAAAAUAAACAAGUGGAGAUUUG